AUGUCUCCCCUGGCGAAACUGUACCUCAUCACCUGCUGGUCGUAUAUCAUCUCCUUCCACCUCACACUCAGCAUCCUCACGCUCGACAUGUCGGCCAGUUCCCCUGCGGCGGAGCGCGUCCUCGAAGCGGCCAAGGUCCAGGGCCUGAAAAGCAGAGCCGCAUUCAAACUGCUGCAGAUCAAUGAGCGGUACCGGCUGUUCAGGCCGGGCAUGACGGUGGUGGAUCUGGGCUUUGCGCCGGGGAGCUGGAGCCAGGUAGCCAUCGACCUGACGAAACCGCGCGGGCGAGUGCUCGGCGUGGACCUCCUGCCCGUGCAGCCCCCCAAAGGCGUGUCCACGAUCCAGGGCGACUUCCUCUCGCCAGACAUUCAAGGAGAGAUCAAGGCCUUUCUUCGGGAUCCGGAUCGCGGUCGGCUCCGACGGCCGUCUCUCCUCGAUACGUCGUCCUCCUCCUCCUCCCACGGUGAAUCCAUCGAUCAAGCCACGCUAGAGGAGGAAGCAACGGGCUAUCUCGAGCGAGAGAGCCACGUCGAGAAGACACUGCUGGUAGAUGAAGAGCCCGACGCCGACGCCGAGCAUUCACAUGCGGACAAGUGUGCCGACGUGGUGUUGAGCGACAUGUGCGAACCCUGGGACCCGCUUGACGGCCUGUACAAGAAGAGCAUCAGUAACCCGUAUCACAGGUUGAUGAAUACCAGUGGGAACGCGUUCCGCGACCACGCCGGAAGUAUGGACCUCUGUCGCGCGGCACUGAAGUUCAGCUACGACACGCUCAAAGUCGGUGGGCACUUUGUGUGCAAGUUCUACCAAGGUGCCGAGGACAAGGCGUUGGAAAAAUCCCUGAAAGCCAUGUUCCAGAAGGUCCAUCGUGAGAAGCCCGAGAGUUCGAGAGCUCAAAGCAAGGAGGCUUACUUUGUGGGGAUCAAACGGUUGGCCAAGGUUGAGAGGGACCUUGUUUUCGCGGGGCCAUGA